AUGCAAUUCCGCUCGCCCACCGCCGCCGGGAGCUCCCUGGCGCCGCAGGCAGCGUCCUCCUCCGGAGCAGCGGCGCCGGCACCUGGACAGCCUGGACCUUCGUGCCCUGCGCUCGGGGCCUCGCGCGGGGGGCGCCCCGGGACACCCCCUGCGGGCAGGGUGGAGGAGGAAGAGGAGGAGGAGGAAGACGUGGACCAGGUCCCCUACCCUACACGGAACACCUGGCUGCGCGCCUGCCACUUCUCUUUCAGGGGGAGGAGAGGAGAGCCUGGGAGAGCCAUGGGGGGCUGCGAAGUCCGAGAAUUUCUUUGGCAAUUAGGUUUCUUCUUGCCUCUGCUGACAGUUUGGCCGGGAGACUGCAGCCACGUCUCCAACAACCAAGUUGUGUUGCUUGAUACAACAACUGUGCUGGGAGAGCUAGGAUGGAAAACAUAUCCAUUAAAUGGGUGGGAUGCCAUUACUGAAAUGGAUGAACAUAACAGGCCCAUUCACACAUACCAGGUAUGCAAUGUAAUGGAACCAAAUCAAAACAAUUGGCUUCGUACAAACUGGAUCUCCCGAGAUGCAGCUCAGAAAAUUUAUGUGGAAAUGAAGUUCACCCUGAGGGAUUGUAACAGCAUCCCGUGGGUCUUGGGGACUUGCAAAGAAACAUUUAAUCUGUAUUAUGUGGAAUCAGAUGAGUCCCAUGGAAUUAAAUUCAAGCCAAGCCAGUAUACAAAGAUCGAUACAAUUGCUGCUGAUGAAAGUUUUACCCAGAUGGAUUUGGGUGAUCGCAUCCUCAAGCUCAACACUGAAAUUCGUGAGGUGGGGCCUAUAGAAAGGAAAGGAUUUUAUCUGGCUUUUCAAGACAUUGGGGCAUGCAUUGCCCUGGUAUCAGUCCGUGUUUUCUACAAAAAGUGCCCCUUCACUGUACGUAACUUGGCCAUGUUUCCUGACACCAUCCCAAGGGUUGACUCUUCCUCUUUGGUUGAAGUAAGGGGUGCUUGUGUGAAGAGUGCAGAAGAGCGUGACACUCCUAAACUGUAUUGCGGAGCUGACGGAGACUGGCUGGUUCCUCUGGGAAGGUGCAUCUGCAGUGCAGGAUACGAAGAGAUCGGGGGCUCUUGCCAUGCUUGCAGACCAGGAUUCUAUAAAGCAUUUGCUGGGAACACAAAAUGUUCUAAAUGCCCUCCACACAGUUUAACCUACAUGGAAGCAACUUCUGUCUGUCAGUGUGAAAAGGGUUACUUCCGAGCUGAAAAAGACCCACCUUCCAUGGCAUGUACCAGGCCACCUUCAGCUCCUAGGAAUGUGGUUUUUAACAUCAAUGAAACAGCCCUUAUUUUGGAAUGGAGCCCACCAAGUGACACAGGAGGGAGAAAAGAUCUCACAUACAGUGUAAUCUGUAAGAAAUGUGGCUUAGACACCAGCCAGUGUGAGGACUGUGGUGGAGGACUCCGCUUCAUCCCAAGACAUACUGGCCUGAUCAACAAUUCCGUGAUAGUUCUUGACUUUGUGUCUCACGUGAAUUAUACCUUUGAAAUAGAAGCCAUGAAUGGAGUUUCUGAGUUGAGUUUUUCUCCCAAGCCAUUCACAGCCAUUACAGUGACCACAGAUCAAGACGCGCCUUCCCUGAUAGGUAUGGUAAGGAAGGACUGGGCAUCCCAAAAUAGCAUUGCCCUAUCAUGGCAAGCACCUGCUUUUCCCAAUGGAGCCAUACUGGACUACGAGAUCAAGUACUAUGAGAAAGAGCAUGAGCAGCUCACCUAUUCCUCCACGAGGUCCAAGGCCCCCAGUGUCAUCAUUACAGGUCUCAAGCCAGCCACCAAGUACAUAUUCCAUAUCCGAGUGAGGACCACAACAGGAUACAGUGGCUACAGUCAGAAGUUUGAAUUUGAAACAGGAGAUAAAACUUCUGAUAUGGCGGCAGAACAGGGGCAGAUUCUGGUGAUAGCCACCGCGGCUGUCGGGGGAUUCACUCUCCUUGUCAUUCUUACUUUGUUCUUCUUAAUCACCGGCAGGUGCCAAUGGUACAUAAAGGCAAAAAUGAAGUCAGAAGAGAAGAGAAGAAACCACUUACAGAAUGGGCAUCUACGCUUCCCAGGAAUUAAAACUUACAUAGAUCCAGAUACAUACGAAGACCCAUCCCUGGCAGUCCAUGAAUUUGCGAAGGAGAUUGAUCCCUCAAGAAUUCGCAUUGAGAGAGUCAUUGGGGCAGGAGAAUUUGGAGAAGUCUGUAGUGGGCGUUUGAAGACACCAGGGAAAAGGGAGAUCCCAGUUGCCAUCAAAACUUUGAAAGGUGGCCACAUGGAUCGGCAAAGAAGAGAUUUUCUAAGAGAAGCUAGUAUCAUGGGUCAGUUUGACCACCCAAAUAUCAUCCGACUAGAAGGUGUUGUCACAAAAAGAUCCUUCCCGGCCAUUGGCAUGGAGACCUUCUGCCCCAGCUUCCUGAGGGCAGGGUUUUUAAGCAGCAUCCAGGCUCCGAAUCCAGUGGCAGGGGGAGGGUCGCUGCCCCCCAGGAUUCCUGCUGGCCGGCCAGUUAUGAUUGUGGUGGAAUAUAUGGAGAAUGGAUCCCUAGACUCCUUUUUGCGGAAACAUGAUGGCCACUUCACAGUCAUCCAGCUGGUGGGUAUGCUUCGAGGCAUUGCAUCAGGGAUGAAGUAUCUCUCUGAUAUGGGUUAUGUUCAUCGGGACCUAGCCGCUAGGAAUAUUUUGGUCAACAGCAACUUAGUGUGCAAAGUCUCUGAUUUUGGUCUCUCCCGGGUGCUGGAAGAUGACCCAGAAGCUGCCUAUACAACAACGGGUGGGAAAAUCCCCAUCAGGUGGACAGCCCCAGAAGCGAUUGCCUACAGAAAAUUCUCCUCCGCGAGUGAUGCAUGGAGCUAUGGCAUCGUCAUGUGGGAGGUCAUGUCCUACGGAGAGAGACCGUAUUGGGAGAUGUCUAACCAAGAUGUCAUUCUGUCCAUUGAAGAAGGUUACAGACUUCCAGCUCCCAUGGGCUGUCCAGCAUCUCUGCACCAGCUGAUGCUCCAUUGCUGGCAGAAGGAGAGAAAUCACAGACCAAAAUUUACUGACAUUGUCAGCUUCCUUGACAAACUGAUCCGCAAUCCCAGUGCCCUUCACACCCUGGUGGAAGACAUCCUUGUAAUGCCGGAGUCACCUGGAGAAGUUCCUGAAUAUCCUCUGUUUGUCACAGUGGGUGACUGGCUGGAUUCUAUAAAAAUGGGGCAAUAUAAGAAUAACUUCAUGUCUGCAGGGUUUACAACUUUUGACCUGAUUUCAAGAAUGAGCAUCGAUGACGUCAGAAGAAUUGGAGUCAUACUCAUUGGACACCAGAGACGAAUAGUCAGCAGUAUACAGACGUUACGUUUACACAUGAUGCACAUACAGGAGAAAGGAUUUCAUGUAUGAAAGGACUACAAGCACCGGUGUUUUGUGCCUCAGCAUUUCUAUAAUGAAAGAUACCCUCUCUACUACCCGCUCUUCUGAAUCUCCAAACACCACUUUACAAACUGCUGUCCCCUACUCAGACUACGGGGCACACACUCUUGUUUAUGCUUCCAACCUGGAUUUUUAAAUCAUGCUUCCUAGCUCCUCUCUGAAUAACCUGCAAAUAAAACCCUGGCCCACUGCAGAUAUUACUACACAAUGGUAAAUAACUCAGCAUGGAUGUGUAACUUUGUAUAACAGCAUUUGGGAAGUGUUCAGGGACUUAACACAUAGGAAUUUGCCCAGAUGUAACUUCCUUAAUGAUGUAUUUAGAGUUUGAUGGUAGAUGAAAAAGAAAUAGUUGACCUUAUUUUCAUGGUUUGUGAUCAAGUAGCUUCCAAAUUGACAUGCAUAUUUAUUUGUUAGGUAAUUAUAUUUAACUCUAUGGGUCGUAUUGUUAUUUUAUUUUAUAAUGGCCUAAUUGUUGAUGCCUGAUGUUGUUAGAUUUACAGAAAUGAGCAAUGGUUUUAUGUAGUGAAUUCUUGUCAGGUGUGACUAUGGUGAGAAGGGCGUUAUCGGGGAGGGAAAGGGAGAAACAUACUGUGCUUUUAGAUCUUCUAAGGCUGGGUUUGUCUAUUUUUUUUUAAAGUGUCCUACGUAUUUCAUAGUAGGUGGUAGUUUAGAGGCUUUCCCCCUCUAAUUUUUUACUAACUACAGUACUAUAGUAUAUUUCUCUACUACCUUAUAAAGAUCACCUCUAGAAAGACCAUGACAGAGUCCUUUGCUCUAAAGGCUUUCACAGAGUGAAGUAUAGAAUAAAACCAUGACUAUUUCCUUGGCUCUUCUUCACAAGUUUCCAAAAGUAAUUAUUCUCAGUAGAAUUCCUUGAAAUAAAAGCUCUAAGA